AUGUGUUUUAGCACAGAUAUUAACUACAAGGCAUGUGAUAUGACCAAAAGUACAGCUAUAAAUAAUAAUAUCUCAGUGGAGACUGUUAAUAUGGAUCUUGCUAGCUCAUUUACUGGAAAUAAAUUUGAUAUUGUUAUAUUUAAUCCACCAUAUGUUGUGACUGAGUCAAAAGAAUGUGGUGGCUGUGACAUAACUGCUAGUUGGGCAGGUGGGGUAAAGGGUCGAGAAAUUACAGAUCGGCUGCUAGAUAUGAUACCAAAGAUACUAGCUGAUGAAGGUACCUUUUACCUCUUAUUAAUUGAAGAAAACAUUCCAAAUGAAGUUAUUACUAUAAUGUUGAAAUACGGUUACAAAUCAGAGAUUGUUAUGAGACGAAGAGUAAGAAAUGAGGAUCAGUUAGUAUUAAAAUUCUAUAAAAAUUAA